UCCUUUCACGCCACAAUUUAUCUAAUAAAGUCAUCAUCUUCCUAUUUCAUCAUACUUCACCUAUAAGCCAAUUAAGAUAAGGGAAAACAAAGGAUAAGUUUUUUUUGUUUUCUCUUAUCUCAAAUUAAAUGGGUGUUGUUGAAUCCGUACCUGAAAAAUCAGUACACGAAUUUAUAGUUAAGGAUUAUAGGGGAAAAGAUGUUGAUUUGAGUAUCUAUAAAGGAAAGGUUCUCCUCAUUGUUAAUGUUGCAACAAAAUGUGGGUUCACCAACAUACAAUUACCCCAAUUAACAGAACUUUACCGGAAAUAUAAAGAUCAAGGCUUCCAAGUAUUGGCAUUUCCUUGCAACCAAUUUCUUAAGCAAUCUCCAGGAAGUAGUGAAAAAACAAGAAAGGUUGCCUGUGACAGAUUCAAGGCUGAGUACCCCGUUUUUCGUAAGGUAUGCGUAAAUGGUCCGAAAACACCACCUCUUUACAAAUUCCUCAAAGCAAGUAAAAUCAAUGGAGAGACUAAAUGGGCUAAUCGUGUCAAAUGGAACUUCACAAAAUUCCUUAUCGAUGUGGAUGGACAAGUUAUUUAUCGACGUGGUUUAACGACAGCCCCCUUCAAGAUGGAGCGACAAAUUGUAAAAGCAUUAGAAGAAAGAGCAGCACGACAACAAAUUAUGUACUAAUGCAAAGUUUGAGUAGUAUUAAGUCAAAAAAGAUAAAUGAACCUCCGUUCUUUUGUGGUCAAUAACUUUAUAUGGCUAUGAGGUGCUAUUUUUACCGUGGUGUUAAUUUGCUAAUCAAUUAAUUCUUGGUUAGUAGAUGUAAUACAAUCACAGAAAAUUCAAAGAAUAAAAAUAAAAAGUGUUGUGUAGUGGUGCAUUUUAAUCUUAAUGCUUGAGCUUUUGAAA